CGGAGCCUCGAGGGAGCAGCGGCGGCUGUACGGGGUCCGAGCAUCCAGCGGCUCCAGACCCGCUCGGCCCGGACAUGGCGGACGUCCGGGCCUCGCUGCGAGGCACGCUGCUCCUUUUCUUGGCCCUGACGGGGGUCGCAGAAGUAACAGGGGUCCUGGCUCCGGGCAGCGUAGGUGUAUUGUGUUGUAAUCAUUCAAAGGAUAACCAAAUGUGCCGGGAUGUAUGUGAACAGAUUUUCUCCUCAAAGAGUGAAUCUCGUCUAAAACAUCUAUUGCAACGAGCCCCCGACUAUUGUCCAGAAACAAUGGUUGAAAUAUGGAGUUGUAUGAAUUCAUCUUUGCCAGGUGUGUUUAAGAAGUCUGACAGCUGGGUUGGCUUAGGCUGCUGUGAACUGGCUAUUGCCUCGGAGUGUCGACAGGCUUGCAAACAGGCAUCUUCAAAGAAUGAUAUUUCCAAAGUUUGCAGAAAAGAACAUGAGAAUGCUCUUUUCAGUUGCAUUAACAGAAAUGAAAUGGGCUCAGUUUGCUGCAGUUAUGCAGGUCAUCACACAAACUGCCGAGAGUACUGUCAAGCCAUUUUCCGAACAGACUCUUCUCCUGGUCCAUCUCAGAUCAAAGCAGUGGAAAACUAUUGUGCCUCUAUUAGUCCACAACUAAUCCACUGUGUGAACAAUUACACCCAGUCCUAUCCAAUGAAGAACCCAACAGAUAGUUUAUAUUGCUGUGAGAGAGCUGAAGAUCAUGCCUGUCAAAAUGCCUGCAAGAGAAUUUUGAUGUCUAAGAAAACAGAAAUGGAGAUUGUUGAUGGCCUCAUCGAGGGUUGUAAGAAGCAGCCCUUGCCUCAAGAUCCACUUUGGCUCUGUUUCCUUCAGGGUUCACUGUCCCGUCACCCUGGAGUCACUGCACACCCUCCUCCCUCCACAGGCCUCGAUGGGGCUAAAUUGCACUGUUGUUCUAAAGCAAAUACUUCAACAUGUCGGGAAUUGUGCACUAAACUGUAUAGCAUGAGCUGGGGCAAUACACAAAGUUGGCAAGAGUUUGAUCGCUUUUGUGAAUAUAAUCCAGUGGAAGCAUCCAUGCUAACCUGUUUAGCAGAUGUUCGGGAACCUUGCCAGUUGGGUUGUAGAAACCUUACGUACUGUACUAAUUUUAAUAACAGGCCAACAGAACUUUUCAGAAGUUGCAAUGCUCAGUCAGAUCAAGGAGCCAUGAAUGACAUGAAGCUGUGGGAGAAAGGAAGCAUAAAGAUGCCAUUUAUAAACAUUCCUGUUCUUGACAUUAAAAAGUGCCAGCCAGAAAUGUGGAAAGCAAUAGCUUGUUCACUGCAGAUUAAACCUUGUCAUAGUAAAUCCCGGGGAAGUAUUAUUUGCAAAUCAGAUUGUAUAGAAAUUCUCAAGAAAUGUGGAGACCAAAAUGAAUUCCCUGAAGACCACACAGCUGAAAGUAUUUGUGAGCUUUUAUCACCAACAGAUGACCUGGAAAAUUGUAUACCUUUGGAUACAUAUCUGAGACCAAGUACUUUAGGUAACAUUGUAGAAGAGGUAACUCAUCCCUGUAACCCAAACCCUUGCCCUGCAAAUGAACUCUGUGAAGUAAACCGGAAAGAAUGUCCAUUUGGAGAUCCCUGCCUUCCCUACUCUUGUGUUCAAGGUUGUAAAUUGGGAGAAGCUUCUGAUUUCAUCGUCCGUCAAGGAGCACUUAUCCAGGUGCCAUCAUCUGCAGAAGUUGGUUGUUAUAAAAUUUGUUCAUGUGGGCCAAGUGGGCUCUUAGAGAACUGCAUGGAGAUGCACUGUGUAGAUCUCCAGAAGUCUUGUAUUGUUGGAGGAAAAAGAAAAAAUCAUGGAACAUCCUUUUAUAUUGACUGCAAUGUCUGUUCUUGUUUUGCUGGACAUUUGGUGUGUUCUACCCGCCUCUGCCUCAGUGAGCAUGGUUCAGAAGAUGAGCAUCGCAGCUUCACAGGUCUGCCUUGUAACUGUGCCGAUCAGUUUGUCCCUGUGUGUGGGCAGAACGGGCGCACUUACCCGAGUGCUUGUAUUGCUCGUUGUGUGGGUCUCCAAGACCAUCAGUUUGAGUUUGGAUCCUGCAUCUCGAAGGAUCCAUGUAAUCCUAAUCCUUGUCAAAAAAGCCAAAGAUGCAUACCAAAACCCCAAGUCUGCCUGACAACUUUUGAUAAAUUUGGAUGUAGCCAGUAUGAAUGUGUGGCACGGCAGCUCAACUGUGACCAGGCCCGUGAUCCGGUUUGUGAUACAGACCACAUGGAGCACAACAAUCUCUGCACUUUAUACCAAAGAGGAAAAACCCUCUCUUACAAAGGCCUGUGCCAGUCUUUCUGCAGAACUACAGAGCCUGUGUGUGGGCACAAUGGUGAAACCUACAGUAGCAUGUGUGCUGCCUACUCGGACCGGGUGGCCAUCGACUACUACGGACGCUGCCAGGCCGUCGGGGUCCUCUCAGAGCACAGUUCUGUUGCCGAGUGUGCUGCCGUGAAGUGCCUGCCACUUUCAGGGACCGGAUGCAAGCCCAUCAUCCCUCCUGGUGCUUGUUGCCCAUUAUGUGCUGGAAUGUUAAGAGUUUUAUUUGACAAGGAAAAACUGGAUACUAUUGCUAAGGUGACAAACAAAAAGCCAAUAACAAUUUUGGAAAUACUUGAGAAAAUCCGCAUGCAUGUGUCUGUCCCACAGUGUGAUGUAUUCGGAUACUUCAGCAUUGAAUCUGAAAUCGUGAUCCUGAUCAUUCCAGUGGAUCAUUACCCGACAGCUCUGCAGAUUGAGGCCUGCAAUAAAGAAGCGGAGAAGAUUGAAUCCCUCAUCAACUCCGACAGUCCUACUCUGACAUCCCACGUCCCUCUCUCUGCCCUCAUCAUUUCCCAGGUCCAAGUGUCCAGCCGCGUGCCAUCGGCCAGCACCAGGACCAGACCUCUAAGCCACUCCUGCCUCUUCCUCUUCAGCCUGGGCCUUGCCUUGCACUUGCUGCGGACACAGAACUGACUUGCCCACAAAAGCUGCAAUAUG